UAUUUUAGUUCUAACGUAUAUUAAGUUACAUUUUAAAAUAAAAUCUCACUAUUUGUGGAGUAGUUUUUCAAAUUUUACCUACUAAUAACUAUCCACGUGACACGGCUUUUCAACAAUCCGUUGUCGUUCAUCAAUUUUAUAUUACAUGUUUAUUUGCACGAUAUUAACAGCAUUUCAAAUAUUCUUCAGAAUUGCAAUGGGUGAUCCAAAUACUGAACGUACUUUCAUUAUGAUUAAGCCUGAUGGCGUCCAACGAGGACUUGUUGGAAAAAUCAUUAAAAGAUUCGAAACCAAAGGAUUUAAACUAGUAGCCAUGAAAUUCUUAUGGCCAUCAGAAGAAUUAUUGAAAAAACACUAUGCUGAUUUAGCUGGAAAGCCAUUCUUCCCAGGUCUUAUCAAAUAUAUGUCAUCAGGACCUGUAGUUCCCAUGGUUUGGGAAGGAUUAGAUGCUGUAAAAACAGGUCGUUUUCUUCUAGGUGCAACUAACCCAAAAGACUCUAAUCCAGGUACAAUUAGAGGAGAUUUAUGUAUUCAAGUUGGCCGCAACAUAAUUCAUGGAUCUGAUGCUGUAGAAUCUGCUAACAAGGAAAUCAAUUUGUGGUUUACUGAAAAAGAAGUUACCCCAUGGACAAGAACUGUCGAUUCUUGGGUUUAUGAAUAGAUAAUAUUUUAAUAUUCAUUUUGUGUUGUCUUAACCAAAUAAUUAUUUUAAAUCCAUUUUGAGGUUUUGAUAUGUUUAAAACAUUUUGUAAGAAAUAAAUGAGAAUGCUAUUGAUUAA